CAAAAAUACACAACUUGCAUCAGCUAAUAGAAUCAUGUCUGCGUCGUCGAAGGAGACUUUGCGGCUGCUCUUCUGCGUUGCUGCCAUCUACACUGCCUAUCUGUCAUGGGCCAUCUUGCAAGAGCGGAUAGCUACCACUCCAUAUGGAAGUGACAAGCAGAUCUUCCGUGCUGCUUUUGUGCUCAACACGGCUCAAUCGCUUGCAGCCACGCUGACCGGAUCACUGUACCUGCUAUUGACUCAGAAGACUGCUCGUAGCAGUCUCAUCAAGACAUUGUACCCAUCUGUCUCUGCUUUUUGGCACUUUGCUGCCAUCAGUAUCACCUCUUCGCUCGCAUCACCAUUCGGCUAUGCGUCCCUCAGAUAUAUCGACUAUCCCACGCAGAUUCUAGGCAAGUCCUGCAAGCUACUGCCAGUCAUGGCUCUUGGUGUCAUUGUGUACGGCCAAAAAUUCCCAGCACACAAGUAUGCAGUUGUCUUGCUCGUGACCAUCGGCGUUGCCCUGUUCACCCUGUUUGCACCAGCGUCCAACAAGAGUAAGAAGGGAGGUGCCCAAGCUGAGCAGUCUUUGUACGGCUUAUUGCUGUUGAGCAUCAAUUUGCUACUCGAUGGCCUGACCAAUUCGACCCAAGACGCCAUGUUCAAAAAGUUCAAGUUGUCUGGACCGAGUAUGAUGGUGGGUCUCAACUUGCUCUCUUCGGUGCUUGUUUCUGGCUACUUGCUCUCACCCCUUGGUAACACAGAGCUGGCAUCUUCAUUGUCGUUCAUGAGGCAGCACCCGGCUAUUGUUCAGGACAUUGCACUCUUUGCACUUUGUGGUGCCACUGGCCAGCUGGCCAUCUUUUACACAUUGCAGCACUUUGGUAGCUUGGCAUUGGUCACUGUCACACUGACGCGCAAGAUGUUUACUAUGCUGCUAUCAGUUCUCUGGUUCGGUCAUGCGCUCACAAAGGGGCAAAUGGUGGGCGUAGCACUUGUGUUUGGUGGCAUUUCCGCAGAAGCGGUCUUCAAGCGGCAGCAAGACUUGGCCAAAAAGACGAGAGCAAAGGCACAGUAGAGAUAGAUAAUCUAAUACCAAUCUAGAGUAACGCUUCAACGUUGAGUUCGAGUGCAGAAGCACUGAAGGGCAAGUCGUAGUUUUGCAUGACUUCAGGAUGAAGAACACCAAAGACACCCAGCUGUUGUACAGCUACACCGCGUUCAAGACGGACAUGAACAGUGGCAUUGCGGCCUGGGAAGAAUGUUGCAUCGUCGCCCUCCGAGAUGUAAUAGCCGGCCUCCUCGGUGUCCUUGUCGAUGAGUUUGAUGGACAACAUCUUCAUGACGCGAUCCAACAAACCAUGAAUAACUUCGAAGCUCGAGACAUGACCGGCCAUCACAGCACAAAAGUGUCGCUCGUUGUUGGCUCGUCUCUCGAGUGCCUCAUUCUUGAAGACAACGUCGCUCACCUCAAACACUUUGAUUGGGAGUGCAUGCUUCCUAUUCUCUCGAAUAGUUUUGAGACAGCCUGGCAGCAGCGA